CGUGAGGGCGGCGGGGCGGGCGCUGCUCCGAGAGAGCGCUGCUACGAGGAGCUGAAAGCAGAGAAUGCCGCGUUGAGGAGGAGGAUCCGUGAGCUGCAGGAGAUCUCUGGAACUCAAGCAGACGUGCUGAGGAAGCUUGAAAGAAAGCUUGAGGAAAAUAAACUUAAAGAAGAGAAGGAAGCUCAGGACUUGGAAGCAAUGGUGCAGCACGUGGAACAGAAUCUCCAGCUGAUGACUAAACGGGCUGUUAAGGCAGAAAACACCGCUACAAAACUGAAACAGGAAAAUGCAUUACUUCAGGUUCAGCUGAAGAAUUAUAAAAUGGAGAAUGAAGCUCUGAGGUCGGGGCAGUCAGCAAGCCUGGCUGUGGUGAGACAAAACGCAGACACAGCCUUACAGAACCUUCUGACUGUUAUCACAAACUCUCAAUCUUCAAUAAAGCAGCUGGUCUCUGGAGCAGAAUCACUGCAGCUCGUCGCCGAUCUCCUUAAAUCCAUAGACAGAAUUUCUGAGGUGUCUGAAGAUGGACAGUGAAACCAACCAGGGACUCACGGGCAGAGCUCAGCGCAGAACUCCUUACUGAGCGCUGUGAGCGCUGCUGCAGGAGCAGCUCCUCCAUCCCUGCGGAUGGCUGAGGUUGGAGCCGGCACGGGGCGGGACCGAUCCCACAAAGGGCAGCGCUCAGCCGACAGGGAGCGGGACCGCAGCGCCCUGCCCUGCUCCAGAGAGCGCUAACAGGGCUGGCGGGAACGUCCGGCCUCUCCCCGGGAACGGGCUGCCGCGCUGCUCGCAGGAACGGCUCGCUGUGGCCGCGGGGCCUGGCACCGCCCACCGUGUAACGGAGCGAUUAAAGGCGGAGGCGACUCGCGGGUCGCGGUCUUGGCGAA